AUGGAUGACAGGUGCUACCCAGUGAUCUUUCCAGAUGGGAGGAAUUUCCGCCCCUUCACUCCUGACUCUUUGGCUGCAAUCAAGAAGCGGAUCGCCAUCCAAAAGGAGAAAAAGAAGUCCAAAGAUUGGAAAGCAGCAGAACCCGAGCCUCGACCUCAACUCGACCUAAAGGUCUCCAGGAAGUUGCCCAAGCUUUAUGGUGACAUUCCCCGUGACCUGAUAGCAAAGCCCCUAGAAGACUUGGACCCAUUCUACAGCAAUCAUAAGACAUUUAUGGUGUUGAACAAAAAGAGAACAAUCUACCGCUUCAGCGCCAAACGUGCCUUGUUCAUUUUGGGGCCUUUCAAUUCAAUCAGAAGUUUGGCCAUUAGAAUCUCAGUCCAUUCAUUGUUCAGCAUGUUCAUCAUCUGUACUGUCAUCAUCAACUGCGUGUUCAUGGCCUUAGCUCAUCAGAAGAGCAGCAUUGACGUGAAAACUGACCAUGCUGAGUAUGUCUUCCUUGGGAUUUAUUUAUUUGAAGCAUUAGUUAAAAUAUUGGCAAGAGGUUUUAUUCUGGAUGAGUUUUCUUUCCUGCGAGAUCCGUGGAACUGGCUGGACUCCAUUGUCAUUGCAACAGCAUUUGUAUCAUAUUCUCCAUAUAUCAAUGACAGCAGCUUCAGUCUGUCAUCCCUGCGUACCUUCCGAGUAUUCAGAGCUUUGAAAGCAAUUUCAGUAAUUUCAGGUUUGAAGGUCAUUGUUGGGGCCUUGCUGCACUCUGUGAAGAAGCUUGUCGAUGUGAUGAUCCUGGCUCUCUUUUGCCUCAGCAUCUUCGCCCUGGUAGGUCAGCAGCUCUUCAUGGGAAAUCUGAGGUACAAAUGUGUCAGUAAUUCCUGUAAAGAUCACUAUCAAGAUUACUAUCAAGACUAUUGCUUUAAAAAGGAAGAGUCCACUGAAUUCAAAAUGUGUGGCAUGUGGAUGGGCAACAGGGCUUGUCCUGAACAAUAUGAAUGCAAAGAUAGCAAAAAAAAUCCUGACUAUAACUACACAAAUUUUGACAACUUUGGCUGGUCUUUUCUUGCCAUGUUCCGGCUUAUGACCCAAGAUUCCUGGGAGAAGCUUUAUCGACAGACCGUGCGUACCUCAGGGCUCAUCUCGGUCCUCUUCUUUGUGGUGGUCAUCUUCCUGGGCUCUUUCUACUUGGUUAACUUAACCCUGGCUGUUGUCACCAUGACUUAUGAGGAACAGAACAAGAAUGUAGCUGCUGAAACAGAAGCCAAGGAGAAGAUGUUUCAGGAAGCCCAGCAGCUGUUGAAGGAGGAGAAGGAGGCUCUGGUUGCCAUGGGAAUUGACAGAAGUUCACUUAAUUCCCUUGAAGCAUCAUCUUUUUCCCCAAAGAAGAGAAAGCUAUUUGGUAGUAAGAAAAGAAAAUCCUUCUUUUUAAGAAAGUCUGGGAAAGACCAGAUUCCAGGAUCAGAUUCUGAUGAAGAUUCUUCAAAAAAGCCGCACCUCCUUGAGCAAACCAAACGACUGUCCCAGAAUCUGUCAGUGGACCGCUGUGAUGAGCACGGAGACUCCUUCCAAAGGCAGAGGGCGCUGAGUGCUGUCAGCAUCCUUACCAUUACUAUGCAGGAACAAGAAAAAUCACAGGAGCCUUGCCUCCCAUGUGGGGAAAAUCUGGCAUCCAAAUACCUCGUGUGGGACUGUAGCCCCUGGUGGCUAGACAUUAAGAAGGUCCUGAGAACCGUGAUGACUGAUCCCUUUACUGAGCUGGCCAUCACCAUCUGCAUCAUAAUCAACACUGUCUUCUUGGCCAUGGAGCAUUACAAAAUGGACCAGAAUUUUGAGAAUAUAUUGUACACAGGGAACUUGGUUUUCACUGGCAUUUUCAUGGCUGAAAUGUGCCUAAAAAUCAUUGCUCUGGAUCCCUACCACUACUUUCGUCGAGGAUGGAACAUUUUUGACAGUGUUGUUGCUCUUCUGAGUUUGGCAGAUGUGAUAUUAAACCAUAUAGUUUCAGGAAAAAGUUGGAUAUCAUUUCGUUCCUUAAGAGUGCUGAGGGUCUUCAAGUUAGCCAAAUCCUGGCCAACUUUAAGCACACUGAUUAAGAUCAUUGGCCAUUCUGUUGGAGCCCUUGGAAACCUGACUGUGGUCUUGGCCAUUGUGGUCUUUAUUUUCUCAGUAGUUGGCAUGCAGCUUUUCGGCUCUAAAUUCAAUAACAGAAAGAAUAAUUUAAAGUCCUGUGACCCUGAAGUCCUGUGUUUACGGCGCUGGCACAUGGGGGAUUUCUACCACUCCUUUUUGGUGGUGUUCCGCAUCCUCUGUGGCGAAUGGAUUGAAAACAUGUGGGAAUGUAUGCAAGAAGCUAACCCAACGCUGUGCGUUAUUGUGUUUCUGUCGAUCAUGGUGAUUGGAAAACUUGUGGUACUCAACCUCUUCAUUGCCUUGCUACUCAAUUCCUUCAGCAAUGAGGAGAGAAAUGGAUACUUGGAGGGAAAAGUCAAGAAAACCAAAGUCCAGAUAGCCCUGGAUCGGUUCCGCCGGGCUUUUUGUUUUGUAAUACAUACUCUUGAGCAUUUUUUCAGGAAGCGGUGCAGGAAGCGACAUUUAUCAAAGCAAAAAGAGGUGACAGAAGGCCCUGGUGGAGAGAGCAAAGAUAUCAUUCCCCUGGUCACAGGGAUGAGAAAGGGCCCAGAGAUCUGGGAGGAGUUUGGUGUACUAACUUCUGUACCAAUGACCUUGCAUGAUCGGACUUGGUUGGCCCCACUUGCAGAGGAAGAAGAUGAUGCUGAACCCCCUGGUGAAGAUAAGGCACAGGCUGUCACACAACCUGAGGCUGGAAAACAGUGUCAGGCCAGCGAAGUCCAUCAGAAGAGCAAGGAUCUCACUAGUCCAGGAAUUCAGAGUGUGGAAAUUGAUCUAUUCUCUGGAGAUGAUCCUCCUUUGUCAAUACAGAAUCUUCGGAAGAAGUCUGAUGCUACGAGUGUGCUCUCAGAAUGUAGCACCAUUGGUCCACAGGAUCCCUUUAUGCGGGUACUUGAAAUGAUUCCCAAAAAGGAACCAGAGAGGUGUUUGCCCAAAGGCCUGAAUUGCUGCUCUCUAUGCUGUACUGUGGACAAGAGAAAGUCCUCCUGGAUCACUUGGUGGAGCCUGCGAAAAACCUGCUACCAAAUAGUGAAACACAGCUGGUUUGAGAGCUUUAUUAUCUUUGUGAUUCUGCUGAGCAGUGGGGCACUGGUAUUUGAAGAUAUUAACCUUGAUAAACAACCCAAAAUCCAAGAAUUACUUAAAUGUACUGACACUAUUUUCACAUACAUUUUUAUCUUGGAGAUGGGUCUGAAAUGGGUGGCCUUUGGAUUUAGGAAAUAUUUCACAAGUGUCUGGUGCUGGCUUGAUUUCGUCAUUGUGAUUGUCUCUGUGACCAGUCUCAUCGACCUAAUGGGCUUGAAGUCCUUCCGGAUUCUUCGAGCACUGAGGCCCCUGCGCGCACUGUCCCAGUUUGAAGGAAUGAAGGUGGUAGUUUAUGCUCUCAUAGGUGCCAUACCUGCUAUUCUGAAUGUUUUGCUUGUCUGCCUCAUUUUCUGGCUCAUAUUUUGUAUCCUGGGAGUAAGUCUGUUUUCUGGAAAAUUUGGAAGAUGUGUUAAUGCAACAGAUGUAAAAUCAGUCAUAGAUUAUCACAUUGUUGCAAACCGGAAUCAAUGUGAAAGUGGACAUUUCUACUGGGACACCCCGGACGUCAACUUUGACAAUGUGUUAAUGGCUUACCUUGCGCUACUGCAAGUGGCAACAUUUAAGGGCUGGAUGGAUAUUAUGUAUGCAGCUGUUGAUUCCACAGAGGAAGGACAACAGCCACAGUUUGAGGCACGUUCUUGCAUGUACCUUUACUUCGUAGUUUUUAUCAUCUUUGGCUCAUUCUUCACUCUGAAUCUCUUUACUGGUGUUAUUAUUGACAACUUCAACCAACAGCAGAAAAAGAUAAGUGGCCAAGACGUCUUUCUGACAGAAGAACAGAAGAAAUACUAUAAUGCAAUGAAAAAAUUAGGAUCCAAAAAACCUCAAAGGCCCAUUCCAAGGCCUCAGAACAAAUGCCAAGGCUUUGUGUUUGACCUCGUCACACACCAGGUCUUUGACAUCAUUAUCAUCAUCCUCAUUCUCCUCAACAUGCUGAGCAUGAUGGCUGAAACACAUAACCAGUCGGAAACCAUGAAACAUUUACUUGAGUGUCUCAACAUGGCCUUUGUGGUCAUCUUUGCAAUUGAGUGUUUCAUCAAAAUCUUUGCUUUGAGGCAAUACUACUUCGCCAAUGGCUGGAAUUUAUUUGAUUGUGUGAUCGUGCUCCUUUCUAUCGUUAGUUCCGUGGUUUCUGCCUUGAAAACCCAGGCCCAGAUUCCUUUCCCUCCAACACUGUUCAGAAUGGUUCGCUUGGUUCGUAUUGGCCGAAUCCUGAGACUUGUUCGAGCAGCACGAAGAAUCAGAACUCUGCUUUUCGCUCUGAUGAUGUCCCUGCCCUCUCUAUUCAAUAUUGGUCUUCUCCUCUUUCUGGUUAUGUUUAUUUAUGCCAUUUUUGGUAUGAACUCUUUUCGAAAAGUGAAGGAAGAGUCUGGAAUUGAUGACAUCUUCAACUUCCAAACUUUUACAAGCAGCAUGCUCUGCCUCUUCCAGAUAACCACAACAGCAGGCUGGGAUGCCCUCCUCAGCCCCAUGUUGAAAUCAAACAAGUCCUGUGACCCCAAGACAGAGAGCUGCCACCUCUCUACCAUAGCCAUAAUCUACUUCGUCACUUAUAUCAUCAUCUCCUCUCUCAUUGUGGUCAACAUGUAUAUUGCUGUGAUUUUAGAAAACUUCAAUGUAGCCACUGAAGAAAGUGAGGACCCUUUGGGUGAAGAUGACUUUGAAAUGUUCUACGAAGUCUGGGAAAAGUUUGACCCAGAAGCAACACAAUUUAUCAAAUAUUCUGCCCUUUCUGACUUUGCUGAUGCCCUUCCUGAGCCUCUGCGUGUGGCAAAGCCAAAUAAAUACCAAUUUUUAGUCAUGGACCUGCCAAUGGUGAGUGGAGAUCGUCUCCAUUGCUUGGAUAUUCUCUUCGCUUUCACCACGAGGGUACUUGGUGAGUCCAGUGGCCUGGAUAGCAUGAAAGCAGCAAUAGAAGAGAAGUUUAUGGAGACCAACCCUUUCAGGAAGUUAUAUGAACCCAUAGUCACCACCACCAAAAGGAAUGAAGAGGAACGAUGUGCUGCUGCUGUUAUUCAAAAGGCCUUUCGAAAGUACAUGCUGAAGACCAGGUGUACCUUGAAAGACAGGCCUCAUUCAACCCUCCAGACACUCUCCAAUGGAGACUUACCCAGCUCUGGGGUGGCCGAGGGCAAGGUCCAUUAUGACUGAGCCCCACACCUCCACCCACACCUCACAGCCUCCAAGCCUUGCCUCUGGCCUCUGAGCUCCAAGCCAUCCACAGCUCUGUGUACAAACAAGUGAACUCUUCGAACUUGGCAUUCCAUUUUUUUUUUUUCCUGGCUAAAAGAAAAUAUUUUAGAGUUCACAUCAAAGGAUUCUUAUAAAGAUAAGGGUGCCUGACUAUUACUACCAGUACAGUUUUAACAAAGAAAAAGACACUAGAAAGGUCUAUAGAAGACAUACUAAUGUGAGGAUUGAAGCACAGUUCAAAUUAUGUCAAAAGAAUAAGAAACAAAAAACACAUUAAAGUUUUAAAUCAUGUUUCCCAUGUGUUCCUGAGUACUGUGUCCAAUACCUUUGUUGGAUGUUUUCCCCAGUAAAAGUAUGUGGCUUAUCACAUAUAGCUCUUUUGCAUGCUAAGUGAGAAUUCAAAACCUGCCAAUAAAUACUCAUUGCAGAUUUUUUUAGCCAAUGUUGAAUAUUUUGAGUUUAUUUCAAACCUAAAAGCACGAUCAUGAUUUGUGUCAGUUACUACCCUAUCUUUCACUAGCUGCAAUAUCUGUUAUAUAUAUGUGGGGAAAAAAUAAAUAAAUAAAGCUUUCAGUUUGCAUUUCAUUCAGAUAAUACACUAAAAAUCCUUUUGUUUGGUGCUUGUGUGAGUAGUGGUUUAAAUGUGGUACCUAAGUUGGAAUUAAAGGCAAUAGCCAGUGGUAUGCUGAUAAGUGCAUAAUAAUUGCUCUUCAGGAAAAAAGA